AUGUCACGAACCUUCCCAAUCAACGGUAUUUUUUGCUACUCAAUACUUUUAUUUCCUUUUUCAGGGCCACGUGGGCUGCCGUUUGUUGGAGUGUUCUCUGGUUCCGGCAAGCCUGAGCCUUUGGAUAUAUUUCUUGGCCAGUGCAUCUCAGAACUGAAGAAUAUUCUGACCAGCGGACUUCAGGUCCCGGAUACGGAUGACGUAGUUAGAGUUGAGCUCGCCAACGUCUCUGCGACACGCCUGCUCAGUCCUACGUCCGGCAAGUAA